AUGACUGAAGCUAUGGAUAAAACAUGUAUGGAAUAUGUUCUGAAAUAUAUGAAUCCAAAUUUGAGAUCCAACCUCUCCCGAAGGUGCUCCACCAUCCGUCCUAUCGAAGAAUCCCUGGUUCUCCCCAUCCAAACCCUCUCCGUCACUCCCACUAGCCUCCAAGUCAACGACAUCACCUACAAUCUUGGUAUAAUCCGUCAUUAUCCGAUUGAAAAGACUCCAGAGUCGAUUCAGGAAAUCAAUGAGCAAGGAGGGUUGAACUAUGACGUGGAUAUUUAUGGGAUUAGGUAUGAGCCGGAUGUUCCGGAGACGACUAGAGAUCCAUGGAAUGCCGGAGAAGGAUACCGAUUUCCGACAAAUAGAAUUAGUGAGAAAAAUAUGAAAUUGGUUAACGAGGAGCAGAAAUUUAUGGAUAGAAUAGAGGAGUUGCAAGAGGAAUUGCUGGUAUUGCAAUUAGAUGACCCUGAUAUGAAUCGGAAAAGGAUAAACCAGCUGCAAGAAGAGCUGACGCCUCUCUACCACCGAUAUAAACGCACUUCCCCGCCCUUUGAUCAUUAUAUGUUGCUAACUAUCCUAAAGAACGGAGCGCCGCUGAAAAUAGAAGUUGUCGGCUACACAAAACUUCUUCCAGACGCUAUGAAGUACUUACAGUCGAAAGUGAUCGGGAAUCGAACCCUUAUAGUAGACACCCUGAGGACCGAGGGGGCCAUCUUGGACGGUCUUAAAAUAGUGUCAGUGAAAAGUUUGGAUAUAAAAACGAAUGCUACAGAGGUCUUAAACUAUCUGUACUACUCCUUGAACCCCCAAAACCUAUUCGAUUCUCUGGAGAUUCAUGGCGACUUUGCGUUUAAGCACCCGCUGGUGCAAACUGCUCAGAAAUUGAUAUUCAACGAUUUCGGCGAUGAAGGAAGAUACCAAACCAUGACGACUUUAAAAAAUCGGCAUGUUCUUGUGACACAUGAGAUAUUUUUCAAGGAACAUGUCAUGGAUUUGAUAGAGUUUUUAAUGGUAGAAGCCGAGCAUGGAAAAUGUUAUCAAUUUCGAGUGCAUGAAGAUGUGAUUGGCGAGGUGCAGAUGUUAAUGGAGGCGCUGAAGGAGGUGGAAGGAGCGAAGGUGGAAAAGGCGAGCUCCCUGAUCUUCCCCAAUUCCAUCCUACUCCCAAUGGCCAACUCACUGGAGCUCCUCGUCGACUGUCUACCGGAUCCACAACUCUCUGUAGAUGAUAAAAAUGUCUAUAAUUUCAGAUUGAAAGUCCAAACUGAGACUGAAUUAUCCGAAUCUGGUGCGCCUAUGACGCGUUUUCUAUUCUCUUCUUCUGUGUAG